CUCCACUAUGUACAUCUUCAAUGCCCCAGCGCCCUUUUUGCGACUAUUUUUUUUUUUUUCAUCCCAACUUUUAGUCCCACGUUGCGCCCUCACGCCAUUCUUACAUCUUGCCCACAUUGUACCAUUCAGCACACGACACGCCAAGGGCCGGGUGUUUUUGAUAGGACAAUUUUCAGCACGAGGCUUCGGGCGGGAGCAAUGUCGGCCAUUCUGGAGUCCAUCAAGAGGUUUUUCCUCGGCUUAGCGCGUGGAGCUGGAGAUUUCUACAGGUCCAUCGUCAACUGGCUCAAGAUGGCAUACUCACCAAAUCCAUACUAUCGUGGCAACAUCAUCACCGGAACCGCCGUCGGCGGCCGGGCCCCCUUUGAAGGCAACCUGCGCAUGGUGAUAGCGCAAGUCUUCCAACCGUCCGACUGGACCGUCCUGGAAGUCGCCGUCCUGCGGCCCUCCGGCACGCCGUUCAAGGCCGUGCUCAAGCUCUUUGACCGCCGUUUCUCGCCGUGCAUCCAGCGGGCGCGGCAACGCCGGGGGCUCGGCGCGUGGACGCCAGAGUUUGAGGAGGAAUUUGUCGACUACGUCCGCCGGGGCGCCGCUAACGAGUAUCUCUGGGGAUCCGAUAGCGACGAGGAGGACGACGACGAUUUCAAGAGAGACGAGGCGGAUGAGGAGGCCGGAGGCGAGGGGGAGAAGAAGCCCGUCAACUUGCUCGAGGAGGAGGUGAUCCGCCAGUCUCAGUGUGAUGGGAUUGCUAAUGCGCGGUUGAAUCGGUUGCAAUCCCGCAUGGGCGUGGAGAAGGGUAUCAGAUUGCCCAAGGCACAUUGCACGGUGCAAAUACCAAUAGGGGGAGACGUGGACAAUCGUCUGCUGGAGGUUUCUGGGAUCUUGAUGGAGUAUGUGCCUGGGUUUAGCUGUGACGAUACGGAAUGA